AUGAGAAAAUUUCAGAGCUUAUUCGAAUCCAGCAUUGUGAAGGUUAACGAAGUUAUUUCUAGCCUUGGAUCUACACUUAGAACGAAGAAGGUGAAACUCAAAGAGGUUCGUAUUGGCCUCCAAAAUGAAAAUGUUGAGCUAAACUACUCCAUUUCAUCGAAGAUAUCCAAGCUUCCAGAUGACUUGGCUAUUGAGAGUAAGAAUAUGGAUGCUCUCACAGCGAAGACUGAAAAGGUGUUCCGGAAUCAAGCUCAAUUCCGAAAAAAAAAGGGAGAAGGUGUGAAACAAUCCAAGAAGGAAAACCCUAAACCUACAGUUAAGCUUUCUGUUAAGCCUAAGAAAGAAAACAAACCAAACUAUAAUUUAGCUUCGGCUUCAAAAGGAAAGGAAAUGCUUAACAAAGAACCAAUAAUAGAUGACAGUGAAGAAGAAGAUCCCAACGAACAUGAACUCAAAAGAAGAAAAGAUCAUGAAGCUCAAAUAGAUGAGCACCAAAGAAUUGUUCGUGAGGCGGAAGAAAAAGAAAAGAUUGAACGCGAAGCUCAAGUCGUGCUGGAAAGCGGAAAACUUUUGUUUCCAGUAUGGACUUUGGAGCGAAUCUUGAAUGAAGUUGUGGAUAUGCAAAAGUACAUCUUGGACUUCGUAAGCAAGUACAAAGGGAACAACAAAAGCGACAAGGUUCUGCUAAGCGUAAUUCUGAAAGUCUAUGAAGUGCAUAAGCGAACUCAUCAGUGA